AUGCUAAGCACUGAUAUUGGACGAAACAUUGAACUAAAUAUGUUCUAUACUGGAUAUUAUUCCAAGUCUCAGAAUACAGCAAAUCUCAUCUUAUCAAAUAGGUCGUUAAGAACAUUCCCAUACUUUACCUUUGCUUAUGUCUUACACAAGUACAAGAUACCCUUUACGAAUAGAGAUCAUUGCAAACUUUUAGAAAAACCUUUUUCGUAUACCUUCAUAAAAGUCACUCACCUGAGCACAUAUGAGACUUACAGAUGGGCUUUGGGUUCUUCCUUCUGGACUAAGGUUCUGAAGAAUAUAGAGAAUUGGAAACAAGUGACUGAAAAUGACAUGUUAGAGAUUAUAUCUCAAAAUCUCCCUUGGCAGUCAUAUGGACAAGAAGAUGUUAAGAUGAUUAUAUACAUCAAAAAGGCUCAGUCUCUUCUUUCUUCUCAGAAAGAUGCCAUUAACCCAUUCAGACUCUUCAAAGAGCUUUAUAACAGAUCAGCAGGCAAGGCAAAUGGACAGGAUUCUUUAUAUUGUUUCUGA